AUGACACAUCACGCAACCGCGCGGUCUCCUCGUCCAAGCAUCCAAGCAACUGCUGACAAAGCAAUAUCCUAUCUGACAAAGAGCAUCAUUCGAGCAAACGACAUAACCCUGGCCGGCAUCCCCAAGAAGAGGCGCGAUAUUUGCUGCUUGGACGGGAAAAGAACUCGCGGGGAUCACGGAUCGGAAAAUUUGACGCAUUUCCGAGAGUCCCUUAUCUCCUGGCUAGUUUUCCCUGACCGAAACGUCUCGAUCUGGCUGCUUGCUCUCGUCGUGUUGUCGCGUUCUGAACGAUUAUUCCCAGCCCCUCGGAUUUUACGGUAUAACACGAUCCGUAUCCGUUGCCAAGCCCGCGCUGCACAAGGCCAUCCGUUGCUCCAGAAAGAAACAAAAAAAGAAGGACAGUCAGCAUUCCAUUGCCAUUACCGGUCGGCGCAGUGCAUUCAGUAG